UGCACAUGGUGGCGUGAUGAUUUGAGUGGCCGUGCAAUUUUUCAAGUGCGGAAUUAUUGGAUUUGUAACAUUACAACGUUACUAAGUGUAGUAAUAUAUCUAAGAAUUCAUGUUGUGACAGUGUUUAAAAAUGCAGUUCUGUAAAGAGAGGAUUCUCAACGCUGCACAGUUAAAAAGACUUAGUGAACACAAGUAUUCUUGUACGAGUGCCAGUAUAUUGGACGCAUGCCUCCAGCCUUGGUGGUGCUGGCUGGUCUCGAAGACACCGCUAUGGCUCGCACCGAAUCUCAUUACUAUAUUAGGUUUAAUAGUCAAUAUCGUCACCACAUUAAUUUUAGUUUGGUAUAGUCCAGAUGCGCGGCAGGACCCACCACGGUGGGCGUGUGCAUUAUGUGCAUUAGGAGUGUUUGUGUAUCAGAGCCUCGAUGCUAUCGAUGGCAAGCAAGCCCGGCGGACGGGCAGCCAGUCCCCACUGGGGGAGCUCUUCGACCACGGCUGUGACAGUAUAUCCACAAUCUUCAUAGCCCUUGGUGCUUGCAUUGCUGUCAAACUCGGGGAAUAUCCAACAUGGAUGUUCUUUCAGUGCUUUUGCGCAAUGACGCUCUUCUACUGCGCGCAUUGGCAGGCGUACGUGACAGGCACGCUCAAACUCGGGCGGAUAGACGUCACGGAAGCCCAAUACUCCAUUAUCAUCAUCCAGCUGCUCUCAGCAACCCUCGGCGCUGACUUCUGGGCCACUCAGGUGGGCGGAGCGUUGGAGGUGCGGUACUCGUUGGCGUUGGCGGCGGUGGCUGCUGCGUUCCUCACGGUCGGCGCCCUCGCCGCCGCCAUAGUCGCAGGCGGCGUCGGCAAGAACGGCUCCACUGUAGCUCUACCGACCAUAAACAUCAGUUUGAACCUGGCGGCGAAUUACCUAGUGGUGGUGUUCACGCUCUACCUUAUCGCCGGUUACCUUAGAGUCAUAUUGAAGGGCGGAGUGGGCAAAAACGGGUCCACAGUUGCAGGUACAAGCAUCCUGUCUCCGGUGAUUCCGUUCUCGCUGGUCGUUGUGCCGGCUUUCAUCAUCUUCCAGAAGAGUGAAUCUCACGUGUAUGAGAACCACCCGGCGUUGUAUAUCAUCGCGUUUGGAAUGGUCGCUGCUAAAGUCACCAACAGACUUGUGGUGGCGCAUAUGACAAAGAGCGAGAUGGAAUACUACGACUGGUCGCUGCUGGGCCCGGCGAUGCUGUUCCUCAACCAGUAUUUCAACAACGCGAUACCUGAAUACUACGUGCUAUGGUUAUGCACGAUAUGGGUAUGCGUGGACCUGGUGCGGUACUGCGGGCAGAUCUGCCUGGAGAUAUGCGAUCACCUGAAGAUCCAGCUGUUCCGCAUCCCGUACCCGCCGCCGCCGCAGCAAGCCAAGCCGUCCACCACGCAGACGGACAGAAACGGUACGAACCGACGGCAGCCGCCCCGGCACGCGAAACGCGGCUCGCAGGCGUAGGGAGCGUCGAGUGAGAGUGAUCCGUCCGAUAGCGAAGACGCUGCCCCACUACUGAAUAACAACACAAUUAGUUAGAUUUAUUUAAUCCACACAUCACAUCUUGCUGGUGUAAGGUGAAAUAAUUUACCUAUUUAUUAAUGAAUAAACCGUAAAUAUAUAUGAUAUUUAAGUCUUGCAAAUGAGAUGAAAAGUAUUAAUUUUAAAAAAUAGGUAAAAUGGUACUGAUUCCAGUACACACUCAUCUAAUUUUAUUUUAAGUUAAAUUGUCAUUUUUUUAUCCGUUGAAAAAUUUGGAUGUGCUGCAGGAAUCUGGGCCAAUUUGACACUUGAGUACAUAAGUAUCAAGAUUGUUUUGUAACGUAGACUUUAAACGCCAUCUUGCCCUCAACUUCGUAUCAAGAUCAGUAUUGAGUAGUUUUUAGCAAUCAUAAAAUUGUAAUCAUAAUAAAUGCCUUAAGCUAUAGUAACAUUUUAUACAUCAAUGGAUUCAAGUGUUUUUACAAAUAAGCUAAUAUUUUAGUUAAUAAAAAGCACCUUACACAGCAAAUUAGAACAAAAGUAUCUACUAAAACGAAUGACUAGUCUUUAAGAUGGAAUUAAGAAUUUAUUUAAUUUCCAAAAAGAUACACUAUUCAAUAUAAUAAAUAGAUACAAACAAUUUUAGAUUUGCACAGUACAAUUAUUAUAGAUGAAAUACAAAUUUUGAUAGUGGGAAAAUGUUUUAAAACUCAGUAGAGCGUAAACACAGGGGAAUGGGUCGUAUAUUCAUGAGCAAUAACAUAAGCCCACGAGUAUAUUCCCAGUUGUGCUAGACAGAGGUACAUCCAUCACAAGAUGAACUGAGUACCCGCGCUUCACCUAAGCUCGGCUUUAAUGUGACCAAUGCAAGACACGUUAAAGAUAUUAAGUACACAGAGUGUUAGUGACAUCGUAACUAAUACAGAGGGGGAUGAUUCAGUUCAUGAUUCUGAGUUAAAAUGAAGUGGAAUUUUCGAUUUCUAUUGGGUAUUUUUAAAUUAUUUUCAAUUCCAUACUUAUGCGAUGGAAAAUUCCACUUGGAAAAUUCAGAAUAAUGAACUGAAUCACCCCCCUCAGUAUUCGUUACGAUGUGAUUUACACCCCGUACAAGUACGUACGGUCACGAGCAUUAAUAUGUAUACACUUUGGUACCAUGUCGCAUUAACUUUUUUGACAAAUUGAACUGUAAGUCUCACUAAAUGUCAAAUAUGUUAGUGCGACAGAGUCCUAAAGUGGGUACAUUAUAUUGCUCAUGACUGUACAGGUAUACGAGUAUGUAUAGCUAUUAGUGACACUUGAAACUUAUUCUUGUUAUUGCUGUCUUUAUCUCUCUUAUUCGCGCUAUUGCUAUGUAAACUUAUUUGCCCUGAUAGAUAAGAUACUAUACCUUAUGUUUGCGCAGAGGGGAAAAUUAUGUCUUAAAAAUCGCAAUGCAGCUUAGCUUCACUAAGUAUUUAUUUUUCACGCUAACAUGCCUUAAAUUAUCUUUGUAAUUAAUUUCUAUCUUAUUUAUGAAGAAUUCUCCUUGACCAAUGAGUACACAACGCUAUGAUGUGCUGUGCCCUACAGGGUAAAAUUUUACUUCAUGCUGAAAGGGGAGAAUUUUGAUUUGUUAAGGAAUACAAUGUGAUUGUAAUAAUAAGUAUGUUUAAGUAUUUUCAGUGUAUAUUUGUUUAAAUUUCUAAUUCGUUUGGUCGUUAAGCGUUUCUUGUUUCUACAACUCAGUAUGUUUUAUCAAUAACUUUUUUUUCUAUACACACUUUCCACGCCCAUUUUAGAGAAGUGGGGAGUUAGAAAGAGAAAAAAAAUAGCCUAUGUCACUCUUCAUCACUUCAACUAUUUCCACUUAAAAAUCACGUCAAUUCUUCGCUUUGUUUUGGCGUGAAAGACGGACAAACAGACAGACACACACAUAGGUACACUUUCGCAUUUAUAAUAUUAGUAUGGAUUACAUGAGCCAUGUCAGUCGUCUCUGUCGGAUCAAUAGUAUCCCUGACACAAGGGUGACUCUCUCUCUCUCUCUCUCUCUCUCUCUCUCUCUCUCUCUCUCUCCCUCUCUCUCCUUUGAAUGAGGGAUUUUCCAGGCUACGUUCCUCAAAAACAAUAUCUAUACAUUGUAUAUCUAUGAUUUUCCUUCAUUUAACCAUCUUCGUGGAUAACAAAUAUGCAACUUUAUCUUUGUUUUUGGGUAUAAAUGAACCCUUUUUAUUAUUCUUAUCAAAAUAAAGAGAAACAAUAUAGGUAGCAACAUAUUUGUAUACAUAAUGUGAUCCAAAUAUCAAGCAAAGAUUAUUUGUACCUAUAUAUGCUUGUUACUCCAUUGUAUUUUGGAAUAAUUAAGUACCACAGAAAUGAGAAAAUAGGUACAUUGUUUUUGGUGACCGUAUCCUGGAAUGUCCCCAUUACAUCAUAAAAUAUGUCUAUACUAUUAAUAUUGUUAUAAAAACACUCCCUUUUGCUUCUUCUUUUGAAACGGCGUAGCUUACUUAGGCAGACUCAUCUAUUGUGAUUUAUUGACUAAAAUAAAUACUCUUUUUAGUU